CCUCUUCCGCCGCAGUGGGAGGAAGUGAAGGCACCAGAAACGGCUGCAGCAGCAGCAGCCGCCGCCGCCGCGCCAUCGAACGAAAAUUGACCAAAACACGCAGGAUAGCAGCUGUUGCCACUGCCGCCGAGACAUGUUCGCUACCGGAACCGGGCAGCGACCAGCAUCUGCUUGGUGAGCCCGACGGAUAAAACCGAAUCCCAGCCACGGAACCCGAGCCGGACAGAGGCGCCCCCAGCUCGGCCAGCCGUUCGGAAGGAGUCGCGCGCGGGGAGCUGGCGGAGCACGAAGCCCCCCCUACCCCACCCCUAGACUUCCCUCCCGUGUGUCGGUCGGGACGCGGCCGCCCAAAGCCCCGGUGGUCUCCCAGGUGCCCUCCGCCCUUUGCUCUUUUUUAAACAUUCUCAUUCUUCUCGCCGCCAUUUGCGUCGCGGAGGCAGGCAAAGUUGAGCAAGUAAAGUGCAGCCUCUCGUCGCCCCUGAAGCUCCCCAAAGCGCCAUGGAAGCUGUCUGGCCCCGUUGACGUCGCUUGGGACGCCCGCGCGUUUUGCAGGCCGCCCGAUUCCCCCCCAAACCGAACACAUACGUCGAGCUGCCUGCCUGCCUGCCUGCCGGGUAGCCCGCUAGCCUAGCGUGUUAGCUCGGCGGCAAGCUUUUUUUCAGUGGCAAUCUUUAUUGACAAAUUGUGCUCAGCACGCGACGCUAUCGAGGCGGGCGACGGCGCCUUAGCAUCCUGGCUAGCCCCGAUGCUAAGGCAACAUCGCCGUCGUAACGUUUAGCUUCUUGGCUAGCCGCGUGCUAACGAGCUCAGCGAGCAUCGCUGUCGUUCGUGUUUAGCAUCCUGACGCGAGCUCGCAAGAAGGACCAGGCUCGUUACGCGGCCCGGGAGGCGAAGUCGGUGCGGGCAGGACUGACUGACUGACUGACUGAUUGACUGAUUGACGGACUCACUGACUGACUGACGGACGGACUGACUGUUUGUGGAAUGCAAACGAGGCUCCCUCGCGCGUGUUUACUCGCUGGGGGACAUUUGCUUUACGACGAGAAUCUUUUCUAUUUUUUCCUUUUUUUGGGGGGUUGCUUUAAAGGCGCAGCAGCUGGCGGAUCUUUUCAGCUUCUCGACCGGAGCAAACGCGCACCGUGUGAAAAAGCGUCCGCCCGCCCGCCCGCCAGCAGCUCGGCCGGCCGGCCGGCGUGGACCUUGUCUUCGGGGCUUGAAAGGAGACACAUGCUGUAUCGAGCCGCCAGGAUCCCUCAGGGCACUUAAUGGGAUUACGAGAUCGCCGAUUGAACAUUCGCUGAAGACCGCCAGCGGCAUGACACGGUGAGCAAGCCGCGGACAUUCGCAGGAACUCAGUCCAGCCCAGCAGCAGGAGCAGCGGCAGCAGCAGCAGCAGCAACAACAAAACGCCCCCCCCCCCCACCCCCCAGAUGCUGGUCCCAUCUGGCGUCGGAGGAGCCCCGCGUUUGUGAACGACUGUCGAGCAAGCGUGAAGAUGGCUGACCUGGAGGCUGUGCUGGCUGACGUCAGCUACUUGAUGGCGAUGGAGAAAAGCAAGUCGACCCCUGCCGCCAGAGCCAGCAAGAAGAUCAUCCUGCCCGAGCCCAGCAUCCGCAGCGUGAUGCAGAAAUAUCUGGAGGAGCGUGACGAGCUCACCUUUGACAAGAUCUUCAACCAGAAGAUUGGCUUCCUGCUCUUCAAGGACUUUUGCACCAACGAGAUCGACGAGGCCGUCCCGCAGCUCAAGUUCUAUGAGGAAAUCAAAGAGUACGAGAAGCUGGACUCGGAGGAGGAAAGACUCAGUCGCAGUCGUCAGAUCUACGACGGCUACAUCAUGAAGGAGCUGCUGUCGUGUUCGCACGUGAGGACCCGCCCGCUGCCCUUCUCCAAAAAAGCCGUGGACCACGUCCAGGGUCAUCUGGCCAAGAAGCUGGUCCCCCCCGCCCUUUUCCAGCCCUACAUCGUGGAGAUCUGCGACAGCCUGCGGGGGAGCAUCUUCCUCAAAUUCAUCGAGAGCGACAAGUUCACCAGAUUUUGCCAGUGGAAGAACGUGGAGCUCAACAUCCACCAGCUGACAAUGAACGACUUCAGCGUCCACCGCAUCAUCGGCCGCGGCGGCUUCGGCGAAGUGUACGGAUGCAGGAAGGCCGACACGGGAAAGAUGUACGCCAUGAAGUGUCUGGAUAAGAAGCGCAUCAAGAUGAAGCAGGGCGAGACGCUGGCGCUCAACGAGAGGAUCAUGCUGUCGCUCGUCAGCACGGGGGACUGCCCGUUCAUCGUGUGCAUGACGUACGCCUUCCACACGCCCGACAAGCUCUGCUUCAUCCUGGACCUCAUGAAUGGCGGCGACCUGCACUACCACCUGUCGCAGCACGGCGUCUUCAGCGAGAAGGAAAUGCGCUUCUACGCCGCCGAGAUCAUCCUGGGCCUGGAGCACAUGCACAACCGCUUUGUGGUCUACAGGGACCUGAAGCCCGCCAACAUCCUGCUGGACGAGCACGGUCACGUCCGCAUCUCCGACCUGGGCCUUGCCUGCGACUUCUCCAAGAAGAAACCGCACGCCAGCGUGGGCACCCACGGCUACAUGGCCCCCGAGGUUCUGCAGAAGGGGACGGCGUACGACAGCAGCGCCGAUUGGUUCUCGCUGGGCUGCAUGCUCUUCAAGCUCCUUCGAGGGCACAGCCCGUUCAGGCAGCACAAGACCAAAGACAAACACGAGAUCGACAGGAUGACGCUGACCAUGAACGUGGAGCUCCCCGACUCGUUCACCGCGGAACUGAAGGAACUCCUGGAAGGGCUCCUGCAGCGCGACGUUUCCAAGAGGCUGGGCUGCCAGGGACGAGGAGCUUCGGAGGUCAAGGGACAUCCCUUCUUCAAGGGCCUGGACUGGCAGCAGGUCUACCUGCAGAAGUACUCGCCGCCGCUCAUCCCGCCCAGAGGAGAAGUCAACGCCGCCGACGCCUUCGACAUCGGCUCCUUUGACGAGGAGGACACCAAGGGCAUCAAGCUGCUGGACAGCGACCAGGAGCUGUACAAGAACUUCCCGCUGGUCAUUUCCGAGCGUUGGCAACAGGAAGUGGCCGAGACGGUCUACGACGCCGUCAACUCGGACACGGACAAGAACGAGGCCCGCAAGAGGGCCAAGAACAAACAGCUGGGACACGAGGAAGACUACGCGCUGGGCAAGGAUUGCAUCAUGCACGGCUACAUGCUGAAGUUGGGGAACCCCUUCCUCACGCAGUGGCAGAGGCGCUACUUUUAUCUCUUCCCCAACCGCGUGGAGUGGCGGGGAGAGGGGGAGUCACGGGAAACAUGGCUGGCCAAACACUUGACGCAACUCAAAGACUCGCAAAACCUUCUGACCAUGGAGCAAAUCGUCUCGGUGGAGGAGACGCAGAUUAAAGACAAGAAGUGCAUCCUGCUGCGCAUUAAAGGAGGCAAGCAGUUUGUGCUGCAGUGUGAGAGCGACCCCGAGUUGGUGCAGUGGAAGAAGGAGCUGACGGAGGCCUUCAGCGAAGCUCAGAAGUUGCUGCGCCGCGCGCCCAAAGUCAUCGGCAAGAGUCGCACCGCCGGAGUGGUGGAGCUCUCCAAACCCCCCCUCACGCACCGCAACAGCAACGGCCUGUGAACACACACACACACACACACACACACACACACAUGCACUCACUCACUCACUCACUCACUCACACACUCACUCUCACACAAACAAACACACACUAGCUCAUUUUUCCCGCCGGUCGUGGAGCGGAAGCAGCAUGUGAAGAACUUUGCAUGAAGCCCCACCGCCUCAGCGGGACACCCGUAACAUCCCUGCCCUCCCAUCAUUGAAGCAAAGGCCGCAGGGGGCAUCGGACACCCCUGGCCGGCCCCGCCCCGCCCCGCCCCUCUCUCUCCGUGUAUUCCAAGUGCAUCAAGUGCCAACUCUUACUCACGGGGCGGGUGGAACAUUCCGCUGCGGGAAGCAGGAAGUGGACGGACUGGAGAGCUGUCCCUGCAGCCUCUCGCUAUACAAACUGAUACUUGUAUAUUUGUCGUCAGUGUUUGCAUCAACAGCUGUGGGGGGGGGGGGGGGGCUGGCUGACUGGGACAGGAAGUAGUCACAAGUAGCGGCGCCGUUUGCCCUCCAAAAAAGGGAAGUGAGCUCUGAAAGGCGGCGAGCGGAGUGACGCCCAGCGCUAGCCAGCCACGUUAGCCACCUAGCCAAUGCUAAGAAACCCCCGAGAGCUUGUCGCUCUUCGUCCGAUGCUUUGUCGACAAUGUCCUAGAAUGUUGCACAACAUGCGGUGCCGGCCGGUUACCAGAAGGUAACAGAGCAUUCCGGUGUCGAGUAGGGUACCUUCACCUCGUGCGGUGCGAGCGACAAAAGCGGUCCGUCCCGUGACCGUUGGGUGUCGAGGGUCCAAACAUUCCGACGUGUACUCCAAUGUCCUGAGACGUUCUCCCGGAAUGUUCUCGCGCCUUGCCGCAGCGCGGUCAAAGGCCACCGCAAGCUCCCAAUGAACGUUUUGCAAUGACAGCGGCCGGCCCAUAAUAUGUACGUCCGUACGCGCGCACGCAGGCCGCCAUCUCCAUCAGCAAAUAUUCCGCAAUAUCAUCGUCGUCGUGCGUUUCCCACCAUCCUAAAACAUCCGAGAUGUCGUCGUCAAAUGUUGUAGCGGAGUCCAAAAUAAAGAGUCUGGAAUGAUGUGCAGCAUUCUAGAAUGUUUUUUUUUUCACAACAACCUGGGAAGGACAUUGGAGUGGUACAAUCUGUUAAGAUUGCGCAAUCCCAAUGCAAACAAGACUGCCUGCCUGUCGCGGGACUUUCAGGCUUUGGAACGCUCGAUCGAGGCUGUCCGACAUUCCAGGAUGAGUGCUCUACCGCAUUCCAAGUCUUUCCCAGUGUUCUCCGGGCUGCUGCCGUCGGCACGGCCCGAGGACUUUGUGAGCGUGGUUAGCCUGACGAGUGUUUAGCUAGCACGCGCUCGCCAGCUCACCCGCUUGUAGGAUCGGUUUGUGGGUUAGGGUUGAGCGGCGCCAAGGGUGCUCGCCUCUCAAAACGACUUGACUUUUGGAGCAUUUGCGCGCCUUUUUCUAGCAUCGCCUGCUAACUCGCUACAUGCUAGUCUCAAUGUGCCAAACGGAGCCAGCGGGACCAGAUGGCGGCCUCGGGAAGCCAAACCGUGACCAAUCGGGCGCCAUCGUCGCCCCCUUGACGCUGUCCGGACGUGACGGGAGCACAGCGACGAAAUUCAAGCUUAAUUAAAUGAGACGAAAAGAAAUAUAUGUGUAUAAGAAAGCUUUGGGUUUAUUUAAGAGAUUUUAUGUAGGGAAAAGCGGAGAAAAUCGGGGGAAUUUUAUUGUGAUUUUUCUUUCAGAUGUUUGUGGUGAUCAAUCUUGCACAUAAAGACUUUCAGAACAAAA